CAUCAGCAGUGCCACGUCAGACACAGUGCCRCAUCAGCAGUGCCACAUCAGACAAAGUGCCACGUCAGCAGUGCCACAUCAGCAACAUGACGGGCCUGCCAGGGCAACUGCCCAACAAGUCCCUUGCCGCCUACAAGCAGCGUUUCCACGCUCAGAUUGAGGUUGAGGAACAACGCCUGCUAGCAGCCGAGGCUGCCCGCGUACAGGCUGAAGAGGCAGCAGAAGCAGAACAGCUGCGGCUACAGGCCGAUGCAGACGCAGAUGCCCACGCUCGCCGMAAGGAAGCCCAGGAUCUGCUGCAGCGGCAUGAAGGCAACAACAUCGACAGACUAAAGUACUGGCAUUUUGAACCGAACGGCGACGAGGCAACACCGGAAGAGAAGCACAAGGAGUUCCUCUCCAAACUCGUGACGCGGUUGUUGUAUGCUUGCAACUACCAACGGUCAGAGUUGAAGAGACAGUACCAGGACCUGACGCAACAGCAUCAGGAGUUGGCACAGCUCCGCCGCAUGGUGCAGAGCCACGAGGAUACAACUCGGGCACUCAAUGCCCGAUUGCUGGACCUAGAACAGGCUGUACCAGGACCAGCUGCUAGGGCUUCCAGCAGUGCACCCUCUAGCCGCCAACUAGAGGACCGCGUUGACCACGUAGUGGCAAUGCUCGGCGACAUCAGCACGUUCGCUGCGCCGACCACCACCAUCAGCAGUCAGCGGCAUACAUUGAAGACCGAGUUCCAGCAGCUGCAGACGACAAACGCAAAUGGCAAUCUGAAGAUGUAUAAGAUGCCAACGUUCACUCUGGAGAGGUUCGACGACUACACGCAGCAGGAUCCGGUCCUCUGGUGGGAAGCAUUCACAACGCAACUCAGGAUUCUGCUCGUAGACAAGCAUGCGCACAUCGGCGCCCUGUUCCUGAACUCAAAGGGCGGACGCCAGACCUGGUUGACCCACCUGGCAACCUCCCACGGCAACGACGUACCAGACUUGAAGGACGUAAUCACAUGGGAGGAACACGACACGUCUGUGGAAGAAGCGGUUCAUCGUCGACGACGCGCCAGCACUCGCCAUCAACCGACUGUUCACCAUGUCACAGGGCAACACAACAACACGGGACUGGCUCACGGAGUGGCAGAAGAUUGUGGCUGUGCCCAAUCUGAACUUACCAUUCGCGCAUCUACGCCGUGAGUUCUACAACAAGUCCUGUGCUGCUUUGAGCCAGGCUCUUGGUGAUCGUGAGCAGUACUCAACCUUCGCGAAGAUCAUUGACAAAGCGAGGGAGAUCAUCAAGACCAACAGGUCAGCUGCACACGAGAAAUCAACAUCAUGGCAGCCG